AUGAAGCUGUUUACUUUUACUGCCGCGGUCUUGGCCGCCUCUACUGCUACUGCAGCCAAGCUUUCCCAGUCUCAAGCCGAAGCCAAGUUGAAGCCGAACGGCAUUACCGCUUCUUCCAGUGGCGGCUGCACCAAUCGGCAGAACAAGAGCUGCACUUCUUAUGAUCAGAUCAACUCUGCCACUGUCGAUGGAGUCAUAACUCUGAAAAAGGCGUCGGGUUGCUCGUCGCUGAUCAUCACCGGCGGCACAGAGAUUGGCCAUGCAUCUGGGACGUACUCCCAUUACAACGGGUACAAGGUGGACUUGAGGCACCAAUCUUGUCUGGACAACUACAUCAAGAGUGCCUUCACCAAGAUUGCGGAUCGCGGGGACGGGUAUCCUCAAUGGAAGGCCAAGUCUGGAAACAUCUAUUGUGACGAGGGGAGCCAUUGGGAUGUGACUUACUACACCUCUGGCUAG